AUUUUCAAUAGUAUGAUUUAUAAAAUAAUAUUAAUUGCUAGUAUCAUAAUAUUAUUAGAGCACACAAAAAGUCGAUACUUCUUACAUUAGGUAUCUAGAGGGGGAAAUCUCAGCAGAAUUUGGGCUCUCAAGUCCUGUUCAAUACACCGUCUAACCUAUCGGCGAGCUUCGUUUGUCAUUAUGGCGGUCUUCGCUGCGGGUAAUCGUCAUAAUCGGCGGGACACGUGUCGAUAUAAUAUUAUUAUUAUCGGUUCCGUCACACGACGGAAGUAAUUAUUAUUAUAUCCGCAGACGAAUCCGUGUUUUCAUAUCGUUCGAAAACCCAUACGUCGGAAUUUUUUCUUCGCCUUCCGUCUGCACGCUCGCACACGCGUCUGGCGGGAGAUUUUCACUCUCGCCGGCAAGAAAAGCGUCCCCUCUCCGCCCGUCACCAGCGGCGGUCGAUCUCCUACGCACGACGCGGGAAAUCUUCGGCCGCCGCUGAUCGUGCAGGCGGGUUGGGUUCGGUUUGGAUUUGUAGUCGUAUACAGUAUAGUCGUUCCGCCACCGACGCCGACAUGUCGCAGUCUCCGAGUGCCGUCCGUCAGAAUAGGGACGUCGUUUAAUAACAAAUAAUAGUUAAAAUAUUAUUGUCACUGUACCAAAUUAUUAUCGUCGUCGCGUCGACUGCAUUUCUAUCGUCUCGAGGGUGUGUUUUUCCGGCACGUAAUAUUCGGUUUUCCGGUUUUCGGGUUUUUUUCGUCUAUGAAAUCUCGUCUGUCGCGUCCAAAUGAAUAAUGGCCAACACCGCUGCGCCGACCAUGUGUUGUAGUCGCGGGUCCACGGCGGCGGCCGGCCUGUUGUUUUUGUUGACGUUGACUUUGAGUCACCCGGCCGCCGCGGACGUCCGGCAUGCCCGCCACAAGAGGACGGUGUCGGAUCUCAUGGAAGGACUCAUGAACGCAAUGUACUUUCACGUGGACCCGAUGCCCUUGCCGUCCACCGUGAUCGCCCGUAUCACUCAUUUGACGGCACCCAGCAAAGUUUACAAGACGUACGUUCCAGUGCAAACAUUAAAGUUAUCGAAAUUGCGUGCUCGUCAAAUAGCUGAACCAAAAUUAAGGCUAAAAUAUCCGAAAAAAAUUUCAAUAGCUACAGAAGACUCGUCGUUGACAUUGUUGAAAAACGAUCUUCCUUGGACGCUACACCCGCUUCCGCCUCCUUUGCCAACGGCCAAAACGAUUAAGCUCGAGGUGGACAAAUCAAUGCCGUGGGCAUUGCACCCGCUCCCGCCGCCCGUCAAGACGAAAAACUAUUCCGAUUACUAUUGGCCGGACUCUAAAACACGGCCAAAGUACUAUUACAGGUCGAAACCGUCGAAGCCAUACCGUUAUAUCAAUAAUUAUAAUAAUAAUAACUAUAAAUACAAAAAUCCAAAGGCUCACUCAAGUUUCAAACCGACUUCCGAGUACAGCAAGCCCGCUGUCAAUUUCAAGUCCGUCGUCAAUCAUGAUACCAAGCCAGACGAUUACAAUAGUCACGGUGAUCACAAGCCCGCCGAUUACAAUAGUCACGCUGAUCAUAAGCCCGUCGAUUACAACGAUAAUAAUAAUAAGCCCGACGACAAUAAUUAUAAUCACGUCGGCUACCAGCCCGAUAGUUUCAAGUACAUCGACUACAAGCACACCGAUUACAAGCAUGUCGAUUACAAGUCUCCGGACUACAAGUCCGAAUACCCGAAGCAUGCGAUGGACGAAGAACCUCACGAAAUCCACAACGACGACGACCACUACGACCACAACGACGUUUACCAUUACUCGCACGACGAUCACUCGGCCCAAAUCAACGAUUCGCCGUCACAAGCUCCACCGCCCUCCGCCGAGUACGUAUCGCACAUCACCAUCGAGCCUUCCAUUCAAAUCGCGUCGUUUUCGGAAACGGAACUGCAAGGCGACGGCACGAACAGGGACAGCAGCAGCCUGUCUCAAGGCGAUGCGAAACACAGGUCGUGUCAGUGUACAAUAAACGGGCACCGGCACAAACGUGAUGCGGACACCGAAGACGACCACGAUGGUCCUCGCCAUCUGCCGUGGGCAACCAACGAUACCGCUGCGGUCACCAACAUCGACGCCAACGACAACCGUACCGCGACCCGGAAGCCGACUGAUUCGAACGCGGCUCAGUCCUCGAGGAACGCGUACUUCGCGCCGCGAGUCGGACACGCCACCGACGUGCAAAUAAUCAAGUCACACGACAUCACCGAUCAGUCGAUGAUCAACGGUCCCGCAAACGGUCCUGGUCCUGCGGACGAUCCAGCCCAUGCACACGGUCCUGCGGGUUCUGCGAACGGUCCCGGGCCGGCGAACGGUGUGGGUUACGUGCAACGGGUGCGUGACAUGCACUACGACCUUCCGGUCGCCCGGCCUACGCCCGCCGAAGCGAAGAAGAACGACGCGACCACGUUCAGGGACGAGAGCGACAAGUUCAAAGUGGACUUUGGUCGUGACAUCAACGCUUGGGACGAGACGAAAUCGGCUGCCAACAAACAGGGAUCGCGGUACUCGCUGAUACAACACGACGUGGGUGGUGGAGGCGGAAGUGGUGUCGGUAACUCGGGUUUGGCUGAGGACUACGGAAACCGACCGACCAGGGACAGACCGGACACGCGGGGCAGAGGUUAUCACGCCGUCAGGAGCAAAGUGGAGAACUCGGAUCGGGGCGUGUCGUUCAGCGUGCAGACUCCGUUUUCCGUUUCUAGUUUCUCGUCGAACGUCCGACAUCCGGAAGAACGGCAGUCCCGGUUUCGUUACACCGGACACAAAUCCGAGUCGUCGGCAUCGCCAUCGCCGGCACCGUUGUUGUCGUCGUUCCGGACCGAACACGCGGAACCGCCGCUGGACUUUGAGCAGUUCGGCUUGAAAUCGGCUCUGGGCGACGACCGUCCGCUCGAUCAUUUUUCGCGGGAUUUGUUUGAAGACAAACAGCCGGAACCCGUUCCGAUCGGUCGGCUCUCUUCUCGAUUUCCGGAGAGCUUCGGCGCGGAUAGACGACCCAGUUCCGGGUUUUUGGGUCGGCCGGUCUCGCACUUUUCGAGGGAUUUCGGCCACGACAACGACGACCGGAAUCGUCAUUUGAAAACGUUCCGGUACAAUAACGCGAAACACGGCCCAUCGCAGUCGGCCGACGAUCUGUUCGACAUCCGGUCGAAGGGCGGACGUCCGUCCAACGAAGAGUCGGUCUUGGAAUAUUUCCAACCGGUCGUUAUCGAUUUCGACAAGUCAAAGCAGGACGGCAACGAUUUCAAAUCGUUUGGCGGUGGCGGCGGCAGCAGCAACAACUACGGCGGAGGCGAUAAAUCGAGGUACUUCGGUAAAACGGAUACUUCGAUUUUUGCGAAAUUCAAAAAGAAUCAGAACUCCGAUCACCUCCGUUUGCCCGGCCGUCUGCACGAGUCCAACGAGAACUUGUCGAGGAAAAUGCUUUUACACCCUUCCACAUUCGACAUAGAUUAACCCGAUUGUCCAACUACUUAAACAUAACAGCUCGUAUGACUUUCCUGUAAAACUAUUUAAAUACGUUUUCGUACAGACUAUGAUUUACUUACAACCGUCGUUAAAAAACCAUCGGAUGCAAUAGGUGAUUAAAAAAAACCAUAUUUUGCCAUUAUGCAUUCUUAUUGUGUGAAGGUAAUUAUUAUUAUCACUAUUAUUUCUAUUAUAAGACAAUGUAUGCAUAUUAACUACUUCCAGUCCUGUACUAAAAAAUAAUUGGAAUAUUUUUUAUACAAAUAUUAUAAUACAAAAUUAUGUUGAUCGGUUGUUUCAUCUUACAAGAGCAAAUUCUUGUAUCUAUAAUUGAAUUCAGCUCGGUGCUUUUAAAAAUUAAUUACUUUUUUUUAGUGAAUACUUUACUCUAUAUUGUUUUUAAAUAAUAUUUAAAUCUGUUAUCGCUAAUAAAUUUAGGGUGCCAUGUAAAAUAAAAUAUUUUUAAUAUUGGAUGAUAAUAAAACGUUUUUAAAUACUGUAUAAGGUGACAUUUAAAUAUGUUCCUUGAGACGGCUAUUAUUUUUAUAGUAUAUACAGAACGUGGUUUGCGAUUAAUUUGUAUACUUAGAGCAUAUUUAUAUAAUAUAAUGUACAAACAUGUGAUGAAUGUGUCGAUUUUAAUUACUAUGUUCAUAAUAUAGAUUAUAAUACUAUGAUCGUUUAUAUGUUAUGUAAUGAUUUUCUUGAUGGAAUUAUAAAAUAUGUAAUUUAAUUAUAAUAAAUAAAUAAUUUAAUUUAUAUAUUAUGUAUAAUGUACACGUAUCGACAUUUUAAAAGCUUAAAUAAUUGACACUUAUUAUAAUUGUUUCAGAAAUAUUUCACCUAACCUAGGUAUACUGAAAGCGCAACAUUUCGACAGCCUAAGCUCAAUUACGAAUAGGUACAUAGAUAGAUAAAACUAAACUAUAUAAUAUAAAAUAAAACUAUAAACAAUUAUUAUACAGUUGAUUCUGCCGAAAUGUUACGCCUUGCAGUCGCUAUAGUGUGCUUAGAUACACUGGAAAAAUCUAGAAAAAACUUGAAAAUUUAAAUAACAACUUUAAAUUAUCAACAUCAUAUUAUACAAUAAUGAUUAUAACAUGAUAAUGCAUUGAUUUAGUCUGAAAGAUAAUGAUGGUUUGGAAAAUCACGUCAGUAUUGGUAUAGGUACGUCUCAUGUUUGUUAUGGUCGUAAAAUGUUUAAAUUAUACACAUUAUCAAUAAUUAUCUUAUUCAUUAUGCUAUUAUAGUAAGCAGUUGAUGAGCGUAAACCUAUAUACGUAGGUAACCUAUUUGAGUCCCAUUGAGUGUAUUUUAAAAUGGUUUAGUAUGGUCCAUAAGUGAAUAAUUUUUAGAAACUCUCUAGAAAUUGGUAUUCAUCAGACCGUAAUAAAAAAUCCUAAUAGAUAAACAAGAGAAUGCUGGAACACUGCAGAGGAUCACGGAAGACUAUAUAAUACGAUUACCGUGCAGGCCGACUCCGCCUGUAAUAAUGUGAAAUAGGUAAGUACAGAUUAAAGGUCGAGAGAAUGAAUACGACAAGAUCAGUUGAAAACGUUUUUCAAUCAAACCAAAGUCGAUGACAGUCUGCAGUCGUAAGUACACCGUAAUUCGAAAAAUCUCAAUAGGAAUGCGUAACAAUAAAUGGGCCGGUAAAAUAAUAUGUAUAAAUAGCUUAUCAUUGUACGCGGUUGCGAUCUUAGCAAAACAAAAAUUAACGGAUAAUAUUUUCUUUGGGGUACAUUAGUCCUACGGAGCAAUUAUUAAACAUAAUUUUGUCAGCUAUGUAUGGAAAAUGAAAAACGUGUGUAGUUCCUCGCCAAGUGUUUCUCAAUCUUUGAACAGUGUACCUAUAUUAGGCACAUAUAGUUUUCCGACAUUCCGCAUACAUUUUCAGCAGCCUUGUAUUACCAAAAUGCGGUUAAACUGAGAGAGAAUAUAUUUUUAUUUUUUACCGUCCGCAUUAAAUAUUGAUAAUUUUUAUUUUCAAAAAUAAUAAUUGUCAUAUAGAUCAUUUAUGGUAAUGUUGGCCGCCCAACGACCGAGAAAAGCUAUAAACGCAAAAUAUUUACAUUUAUUCAUAAUCAUUCGUCAUUUCCUCUAGUCCAAUGACGAUGAUUUUCUUUUUGCUGAAAAUCGUUUUCGACGAAACUCGUAAUAAUAUAGUUAUCACCGUAGCGCGGUACUUCUGCAUUUUAAAUACACGAGUUAUCACGAGGAAACAUAAUAUAUGGUUUAUGAAA